UAUUUUUUAUCAUUUGAUCUGUUUCAUUUUGGUUUUACUACAGCUAAUCUGCCACCAGAGAACAUCUCUGGUUUAUUAUCUGAACAUACAUCUGGUGUUUAUUUUGGCUGGGCUGGACUGUCUACUCGUGGUAUCUAUAAGAUGGUCAUGAGCAUAGGAUGGAAUCCAUACUUCAAUAACACAGAAAAGACUGUGGAGCCAUGGCUUCUCCAUGAAUUUGAUGACGAUUUCUAUGGGGAGGAGCUUCGGCUUGUUGUUGUGGGCUAUAUAAGACCAGAGGCUAAUUUUCCAUCACUUGAGAGCUUGAUUCAGAGAAUCCACCAUGAUGGGAGGAUAGCAGAGAAAGCUCUUGAACUUCCAAUGUAUGCAGGUUACAAGGAUGAUCCAUAUUUGAAAAAUUCUCUUCAAUUGAACAAUUGUUGCUAAUGAUGGAGAUAAAGCAAUUAUUAUUUUGGAAUUGUAAUCUCUGUCAAGAACUAUACGAUUUUAUAGCGAGCAACAACAACCUCAAAUCUUUAUCCCACUACAUUCAGGCUUCGUUGGGACAUCUUUUUUUCUGCUUCUAAAAAUAGCUUUCUAGUACAAAAAAUUUAGUUUUUGUACUAGAAAGUUACUUUAAGAAGCAGUAACAAAGCCAUCACAAACGAAGCCUAAAUCGGUAUUUUAUAGCGAGCAUACUUUGAAUAAAACAAUCUUAUGCUGUUUAAAUUUAAUAAAAAAGAUGUUUUUAUCAUUGUUAAACUGCA